GAUACUUUUACUUAAUUAAAACAGACCAUAUUUUUGUAAAACUCACUCAAACUUCCCAAAAACUUGUCGAAAUCAUAAAUUGAACCCAUCCCGAUCUACCAGAAACGUAGAAACAGACAUGCACGGCCUUGCUCUGUUCAAUCAUGGCGUCUCUUGCGGCCACCGGGUUUCCCAAAACCCCAACGCCUUCUUCCAAAAUCCCAGGUAAAUCCCACCGAUACCCACAAUUUACAUGUCUGAAACUGCACCGUCUCACCUCUCAAAGGCCGAUCUUUCUCAAAACCGCUAUUAGAGCUUCAAACCCAAGCGCUGCCGCCAAGUCUUCUUCUCCGGGAUUCUACUCCGCCAAGCAGUACCAACUCACGGUUCCCAACGUCGACUUGGUUCUAGAGGACGUCCGCCCCUAUCUCAUCGCCGAUGGCGGUAACGUCGAUGUUGUCUCCGUCGAAGACGGCGUUGUUUCACUCAAGCUGCAAGGGGCAUGUGGUAGCUGUCCGAGCUCAACGACCACCAUGAAGAUGGGAAUCGAAAGAGUGCUCAAGGAGAAGUUUGGAGAUGCGCUCAAGGACAUUCAACAAGUCUUUGAUGAAGAAAAUAAAGAGAUCACCGUUGAGUUGCAAAUGCAGGCAGUGAAUCGUCAUCUGGACAUAUUGAGACCAGCCAUAAAGAACUUUGGCGGGAGUGUGGAAGUGUUAUCGGUUGAAGGUGGGGAUUGCCAUGUUAAUUAUGUGGGGCCCGAGUCCAUCGGAUCAGGAAUCAAAGCAGCAAUUAAGGAGAAGUUCCCAGAUAUCGGCAAUGUUGUGUUCACUGGAUAGCUUUGUGCUUCCGUAUACAUGCCUUACGAUGUAUAUUGCAUACGACGACUCUAAUUCCAAACGGUUAGCUGCUUUCUCCAUCAACUUCCAAUUUGUGUAUGUAGUUGAACAAGUGAUUUGUUAUCGUUGCUUGUACAAUGAAGUUGGUGUAAUUAACCAUUGAUGCUUGAUGAAUUCCAACUUUGUUCUUGUAA